UAUCAGGAAGUGAAGCGUUUGAUCUGAGGCUAAUGGUCUCCGAUCAAAAGAGGAAACAUCCCGGACUUUAUUUGGAAUUAGGGAGAGGAGCCUGAGCGAGGACUAAAGGUGCCCUCAUUGUCUGUCUUCCUGCCCACACUCCUGCCUGCUGUCCCUGAUCUGUGUCAUCAUGCCUCGGGGGCAAAAGAGUAAGCUCCGCACCCGUGAGAAACGCCAGCAGGCCCGGAAUGAGGCUCAGCAUCUCCAAGAUGCUCAGACCUCUGCAGCAGAGGAAGAAGAGUUCCCCUCUUCCCCUACUUCUCCUCUUGGUGGUAAUGUCCAGAGCUCUCUUGCUUCUGGGUCAGACAAAAAAUCCGAGGGGUCUGGGAGAGCCCCUUCCACUACCACUACUUCUGCAGGUGCUUCAUGCACCAGAUCUGAUGAUGGUGCUAAGAGCCAAAAUGAAAAACCAAGCACCUCCCAGGCAUUACCUAGCACUGAGUUUUCCUGUGAAACACCUCUAGACCAGAAGGUAACUCUGUUGGUGCAAUUCCUGCUGUGCAAGCAUAAUCUGAGAGAGCCCAUUACCAAACAAGAUAUGAUUAAGCAUGUCAUCAAAAAGUACAAGAAGCACUUCAAUGAGAUCCUCAGGAAAGCUUCUAACCUGAUGGUGCUGGCCUUUGGCAUUGAGGUGAAGGAAGUCAACCCCGCCACUCAUUGCUAUGCCCUUGUCAGCAAAUUUCAGUGCACUAGUGAUGACAGGCUGAGGGGUGAGGAGAUCAUGCCCAAGACCGGCCUCCUUAUGACCAUCCUCUGUGUGAUCUUCAUGAAGGGCAAUUGCGCCACUGAGGAGGAUGUCUGGGAGGUGCUCAAUGUGAUGGGGAUAUAUGCUGGAAGGAGGCACUUCAUCCAUGGGGAUCCCAAGAAGCUCAUUACCAAAGAUCUGGUGCAGGAAAGGUACCUGGAAUACCGCCAGGUGCCCAACAGUGAUCCUCCACGCUAUGAGAUCCUGUGGGGCCCGAGAGCCCAUGCUGAAAUCAGCAAAAUGAAAGUUCUUGAAUUCUUGGCCAACAUGCAUGAUACGGUCCCCAGUGCCUUCCCAUCCUGGUAUGAAGAAGCUUUAAGAGAUGAAGAAGAGAGAGCCCGAGCCAGAUUUGCAGCUAUGUUUCGCACCAGUACCCUGGCCAGUGUGCAUUCUGGGGCCAAUGGCCGAGGCAGCUUCUCUCACCUGUAGUGAAAUCUGAAGCAUUGUCCUGAAGUAGUGUGGGUGCUUGGAGGGAUCACAUUGCAUUGCAUAUUUGAAUAACUUACAGGUUUAUGUUUUGUUGUUGAAAGUUUUCAAAUGUUGCUUAAAAAAAUAUUUCAAAUGUUAAAAAAAAAAACUUUAGUUCAGAAUCUAAAUGUAUGAAUGAUAUUGGUUUACAUACUUAAUGCUGUUUAUGAAGUUUAAGAGUAACAGUUUUGCUAUUUUGUUAAAUUAAACAAAUAACCUUCCAUCUCUUUUAGUGAUCUGGAAUAGAUAAGAUAGAUAGAUAAGAAAAGAUAGCAUUGGAAUAGGCAUUUCCUUAGAAAUGCAAAAGAAAUUAGAGGUAAAAUAGUUGGGAUAAAAAAAAAAAGAG